GGACCACGAAGCGCUGACGAAGCGGUAGUUCCGCAUUUCCAUGUUGUGAUCUUUGUUUCAUGAUGAGGUCAAGGUCAUGAAGAUAAAUGAUGACAUCAUGACGACCGCGGUCAUAAAUAGAAUUCAAUGAAUAUUAGUCUCAUAUUGAAUCUCUAUUAGAGGACCACGAAGGCAACUGCAAACAUCAAGAAGAUCACGAUCGCUGUGUCCUUCUCGUCUGAGACAAAGUCUGAAAAGUCGUCCUCUGCUACUAGUGCUACGUCAUCAACCCCUAGGAGUCGUGGCGACAUGAAAGUCGUGAAACAAGGUACUUCUGAGGGAGACUCCGACCGAGACUGGCUUCCUAGUGGUCUGCCACUCCUGAAAGAGAGCGAAAAAUCCGACCUCUCCACGGCUCAACUCGUCAAGCUAUUUUUCAUCUUGGUGGUAGAGUUGGGGAUUGGUGUUUUGCUAGCUGUUGGAGCUUUAGCAGCCAGUGAGAGGUACGCCAUCUUUUCAGGGAGAACGAGCAAUCCAGGGGUGGCGUUAGACGUGAUCCAAAAAUUUGAGUUGGAGUAUUUGUACAUUUUACGGACAGUUGACGACUCUAGUACAACUAUGUAAAUGCUUCCGCUAUUUGGUAACCUGAAUUUGAUCAUAAGGGAAAACAAGAAGAGAACCCUUCUUGUGAUCAAAUUCAGGUCGCCAAAUACCGGAAGCAUUCAUACUAAGAAGUCUUCAAACUAGACCACGGGGAGACGAUACUCUUACUCAGAAACUACUAACUUGAUCUAAGAUCUUCGUUAUUUAUCACACGACGGCACUCUUGCAAGUGCUGCAACUACUUACGUUCUUUCUUCAAAUCCCGAAACUACCUUGAUAUGAACCACAGGAACUACUAGUUCCCCCUCCUCGCCUUCUAACAUCGGCUUUGGUCAUACUAGGACGAACAGUGUCCUGGGUAAACAUGUAUCCGAUGGUUGUCUGGAAGCAGAGGGUGAUGCAUAUGAAGGCUGGCAACCUGAGAGCCAACAUGCAAAUCUUCAAGAUGAUUGGGGAUGGAGCGGUAAAAGUAGAUUGUUCUUGUAUUUUUUGAUGUAGUUGUUCUACCACGACCUGAAGGAAAAUUCAUUGUUGUCGUUAUUAGGUUUUUUAUUUGCGUUCGUAGCACAAUUUGGAUCUCAUUUUUCAUCUCAGUCUUCUCGAAGUCAGAGAGGCUUUCGCCGUUUCUCUUAUCUGAUGAUGUUCUCCUCGAAACCGAAAGAAAUGUCCACCUCCUCUUCCGCCAGGGCUCCAACGCAAUAGUUCUCGAGACGGAAGGAGAUGUUGGGGGAUACAAUCGAGCUAAUAGGUCUCUCACGCAUAUGGUGGAGAACAUGGCCGCUGUUUUGGUUCUUAUGUUGGCGGUCGGUUUCGUCUAUCCACUGCUGGCUUGCCUCUUCACCACAUUGUUAUGGAUGGGAAUGGUCACUUUAACUUUUUAAAUUGAUAUCUACCUGCUCUACUCGUACUUCUGUAGCACAACUAGCUACAUGUCUAGUAAAAUUUUUACUUCUAAAAUGCUGGUGUUUCGGCCGGGUGUCACAUCAGAUGGGGUAUGCAACCGGCGGCUACGGCAAGCAUGGAGCUGGAUUCGGGUUGUCUGCUAUAGCGUCUGGCGCUUUGCAAGGACUCUGUUGCUUGAUCGUUUGGAAGACGAUUUUGAGAUAAGUACGAUAAUUAGUUUGAAUACAACCAAGCACUAGUUGGUUGAAAUAGUAGUUCCUCUACUGCUGAGAACGCUCUUGUGGUGUAAUCCUCUGCUAUUAAAAGCACGUACUUACCUAUGAAAACAGCGCGUUUUUUGUUUUCUCCUAGAAGAACUGUGCGAAGCAAGUUUAGAAAAAAAAGAACACAAUAACACUAUUUGUCAUGCUGUGCGACCACGAACUUGAUCAUCUGCUACGCAGAUGUGAUUGUGUUUGAAGAUGAUUAUGACAUGAGGAUAUAAUGGCCAGCCAGAUUCACAACUACUACAACGUCGGUGUCACUUGUCAGAGGUCUUUUGGGUAC